CUUCUCCAGUUUCCAUUUCUAGAUCGAUCGAGAUUGAAGGAGAGAAGAUGCCUGGUUUAACAUGUAACGCGUGUAACAUGGAGUUCAAGGACGAAGAAGAGCGUAACCUUCAUUACAAAUCCGAUUGGCACCGCUACAAUCUCAAGCGCAAGGUGGCUGGAGUUCCUGGAGUUACAGAAGCCUUGUUUGAGGCUAGACAAUCUGCUCUUGCUCUGGAGAAGAAUAAAUCAAAUGAAGCACCUAUGCUUUAUACUUGUGGGAUCUGUGGUAAAGGUUACAGGAGUUCCAAGGCUCAUGAGCAGCAUCUUCAGUCGCGGAGCCAUGUUUUGCGGGUUUCACAAGGGACAUCAAUCAAUGGAGAGGAGGAUAUAGCGAUUAUCAGGCAACUUCCUCGCCGUGUUCAACACAGGGGUUCCAUUGAUGAUGAUAGUGAUGAUGAAUGGGUGGAGGUUGAUUCUGACGACGAAUUGGCUGCUGAAGAAGCCUCAGAUUCUUUGUCUAAGUUGAAUGUUAAUGAGUCUGGAUCUGCUGAAGAUAUGGAUGAUGAUGGUGAUGCAGACAAGUAUGAGCUGGAUCCGACCUGCUGUUUGAUGUGUGACAAAACCCAUAAGACCUUAGAGAGCUGUAUGGUUCACAUGCAUAAGCACCAUGGUUUCUUCAUUCCCGAUAUUGAGUAUCUCAAGGAUCCUGAAGGGCUUCUCACUUACCUCGGUCUCAAGGUCAAGAGAGACUUCAUGUGUCUAUACUGCAAUGAGCUGUGCCGUCCAUUCAGCAGCUUAGAAGCUGUAAGAAAGCAUAUGGAAGCAAAGAGUCAUUGCAAACUGCAUUAUGGUGAUGGUGAUGAUGAUGAAGAUGCUGAACUAGAAGAGUUCUAUGACUACAGCAGCAGCUAUGUUGAUGAAGCUGGGAAGCAGAUUGUUGUAGCUGGUGAAACAGACAACACUGUAGAACUUGUUGGUGGUUCUGAGCUCCUGAUCACGGAGAAUUCCGAGAACACAAAGACGUCUAAAACUCUCGGGUCCCGUGAAUUCAUGCGUUACUACAGACAGAAGCCACGCCCAACUUCUCAAAACAGCAACCAGAUAAUUGCCUCUAUAUCUUCAAGGUACAAGAGUCUGGGUCUGAAGACGGUACCGUCAAAAGAGGAGACAUUGAGGAUGAAAGUGCGCAAGGAGAUGAGUCAGAGAGGUGAGACAAUGCGUACCAAGAUCGGAGUGAAGAGUAACGUCAUAAGAAACUUGCCCAAUAACGUCCCAUAUUAGUGUCUGUAUUCUCUAGUGUUGGAUUGUAUGAUGAUUUCAUGUACUUUGAGUCUUUGACCAAGUUGUGUUGGUACUUGGUAAUAAGAGUAAGCUUUAAACAGAGUAUGUUCACUGAAAUAGAAAAUGUUAAAAUUG